CUACACUUGACACAGGCUCUGAGAAGCUUGAGCGCGGCCGAGCAGGAGAGAGAAUAGCAGCGAAUGUGUCUGCGGCAGCGUUUAGCAUUAAAAAACGUCAACUACAACUGAAGAAGAGAGGACCAAACCCCGUCGCAGUUCGAGACGACUCGGCAGACCAUGGACUAUGAUAAAUUUUAAACAAAGGCUGGUAACGGCGGGUUGCUUUGACGACAAGCGGGUUAUUGAACAUCUGUAGAGCAUAAUGAGGGCAUCCGCUAUUCUUUACGGUGGUUUUUCCUCCGCGGUUUAGUUAGACGCAGGGUGACACUAUUUAUAAAUGUGUCGUUUUUAGACAUCCUCUGAAUAAAUAGACACACCGCGGGGGCACAGCCUGCAGAAAUUUAGUUAAUUCCCUCCUCGUAUGGCCCCUGGGGAACAGUGAAGUCACUCGAAAAGUCACCAGAGAAGAAGACACGUCUUAAUCAUCUCUACAGUUUUGCUGUUUUGCGAGGAAAAUCUGCUUGCUCUCCCAGCGGCUAGCGGUCGCACCAGACUCCCCCUGCUUUCUCUCUAUUUUUAAAUCGUACAUGAUUUUGGCUUUCUGAGCAUUCAUCGCCAACCCUCCUGUGGGCAUUUUUCCCGUUAAAGGAUGCCGGAUCAAAUAUCGGUGUCCGAGUUUCUCUCGGAGACGACAGAGGAUUACAAUUCCCCGACAACAUCCAGCUUCACCACCCGACUGCAGAGCUGCAGGAACACAGUGAAUGUGUUGGAGGAGGCUUUGGACCAGGACCGAACUUCACUGCAGAAGGUGAAGAAGUCAGUGAAGGCAAUCUACAGUUCAGGACAAGACCAUGUCCAGAAUGAGGAGAACUAUGCCCAGGCUCUGGACAAAUUUGGCAGCAACUUCAUCAGCCGGGACAACCCCGACCUGGGAACAGCCUUCGUCAAGUUCUCUUCCCUCACCAAGGAGCUGUCGGCCCUACUGAAGAACCUGCUCCAGAGCCUCAGCCACAAUGUGAUCUUCACUCUGGACUCGCUGCUGAAGGGUGAUUUGAAAGGCGUGAAAGGGGACAUAAAGAAGCCCUUUGACAAAGCAUGGAAAGACUACGAGGCCAAGUUUACAAAGAUCGAGAAGGAGAAGCGAGAGCACGCCAAGCAGCACGGGAUGAUCCGCACAGAGAUCACCGGGGCUGAAAUCGCUGAGGAGAUGGAGAAGGAGCGACGCCUCUUCCAGCUCCAGAUGUGUGAGUACCUGAUUAAAGUGAAUGAGAUCAAGACCAAGAAAGGAGUGGACCUCCUCCAGAACCUGAUAAAGUAUUACCACGCACAGUGCAAUUUCUUCCAGGAUGGCUUGAAGACAGCGGAUAAGCUGAAGCAGUACAUCGAGAAGCUGGCAGCUGAUCUCUACAAUAUCAAACAAACUCAGGAUGAGGAGAAGAAACAGCUGACUGCCCUGCGGGAUCUGAUCAAGUCCUCCCUCCAGCUGGACCAGAAGGAGGACUCGCAGAGUAAGCAGGGUGGCUACAGCAUGCACCAGCUGCAGGGAAACAAGGAGUUUGGCAGUGAGAAGAAAGGAUACCUGCUGAAGAAGAGUGAUGGGCUGAGGAAGGUGUGGCAGAGGAGGCAGUGCUCAGUGAAGGGGGGCAUACUCACCAUCUCUCAUGCCACAUCCAACAGGCAGCCCGUCAAACUCAACCUGCUCACCUGCCAGGUCAAGCCCAGCGCUGAAGACAGGAAGUGCUUUGAUCUCAUUUCUCAUAACCGGACAUAUCAUUUCCAGGCCGAAGAUGAACAAGAGUUUGUCAUUUGGAUCUCAGUGCUGACCAACAGCAAGGAGGAGGCUUUGAACAUGGCCUUUCGUGGAGAGCAGAGCAGCGGUGGCGAGGACGGUUUAGAGGACCUGACUAAAGCCAUCAUAGAAGACGUGCUGCGAAUGCCGGGCAACGAAGUCUGCUGCGACUGCGGAGCUGCAGAUCCUAAAUGGCUGUCCACCAACUUGGGGAUCCUGACCUGCAUCGAGUGCUCUGGCAUCCACCGAGAGAUGGGCGUCCACAUCUCCCGCAUCCAGUCCAUGGAGCUCGACAAGCUAGGAACCUCAGAACUCUUGCUGGCCAAGAAUGUAGGUAACAGUAGUUUUAAUGAGAUCAUGGAGGGAAACCUUUCGUCCCCCUCUCCGAAGCCCACUCCAUCCAGUGACAUGACGGUGAGGAAGGAGUUCAUCAACGCCAAAUACGUGGACCACAAGUACGCGAGGAAGACAUGCACAUCUGCGGCAGCUAAAAUGAUCGAGCUGUUUGAGGCGGUUCAGUCCAGGGAUCUGCUGGCCCUCAUCCAGGUCUACGCAGAGGGGGUGGAGCUGAUGGAGCCGCUCCCAGAGGUGGGGCCGGAAGCCGGAGAGACAGCACUGCACUACUCUGUACGGACUGCUGACCAGACUUCACUGCACUUAGUGGAUUUCCUUGUGCAGAACAGCGGUAACCUGGAUAAGCAGACAGAGUGGGGGAACACAGCCCUGCAUUACUGCUGCAUGUACGAGAAGCCUGAGUGCCUCAAGUUACUCCUGCGGGGAAAGCCGGCCACCGAUAUUACCAAUCAGAACGGAGAGACGGCGCUGGAUGUUGCCAGGCGACUGAGGAACACUCAGUGUGAGGAGGCACUUGUGCAGGCUGCAGAGGGGAAGUUCAACCCUCACAUCCACGUUGAGUACGAGUGGAGCCUCAGACUGGAGGAGAUGGACGAGAGCGAUGACGACCUCGACGAUAAGCCGAGUCCCAUAAAGAAAGACCGCUCCCCGAGGCCUCAGAGCUUCUGCCACUCCUCCAGCCUCUCCCCCCACGACAAGCUCUCCCUGCCGGGCUUCAUCAGCCAGCGGGACAAGCAGCAGCGUCUGUCCUACAGCGCCUUCACCAACCAGAUGUACAGCGCCUCCACUGACCUCACUUCCUCCUCCCCCGUGGCCGAUGGCCCGCCGCUGCCACCUAGGAACCAGGGCAAAGCUCCUCCCCCAUCUGGCCCUCCCUCUACACUCACACCAGGAGGCAGCUCCACCCUGUCCAAGAAGAGGCCUCCGCCCCCACCUCCUGGACACAAACGCACCCUGUCUGACCCACCCAGCCCGCUCUCUCACAGUCCACACAGUAAAGGGGGCUUAACUGGGGCUCCAGGUACGUGUAGAGGCAAAGAGCAGCUCCUCUUAAAUGUAGAAGCAUGCAAACAAACGUCUCCCAAGACUGAUGGGAGCGACUCCACCCCUCCGCCUGUCAGCAAGAUGUCCCCUGUUUCUAACAAGUUUGAAGGAAUUCCUCAGCAGCAAAGCACUACUUCAAGCAACACAAAGUCUACACUUGGCCCAAGGGUUCUUCCCAAACUACCUCAAAAAGUGGCAUUGCGGAAGAUUGACACCAUACACCACCCAUCUAUGGAUAAGUCAAGCCAUCCUCCAGAGGUUUUCCAGAAGUCACCGCCAGCAACCGACACUCCACAGAAGGCUCCUCUGGUGGACAGGCCUCAGCUGGGAGACCUGCCCCCCAAACCGCAGCCGUCUGAACUUCCUCCUAAACCCGGAGAACUUCCUCCGAAACCACAGCUCUCUGACCUGCCUCCUAAACCCCAGCUGGGAGACCUCCCACCCAAACCCCAGCUCAAAGACCUGCCUCCAAAGCCUCAUCUCGCAGACAUCCCCCCCAAACCUGGAACAGCCGAGUCAGCUCCCCGGCCGCCUCCUGGAGAGACGGUGCAAAGGCCUCAAACGCAACCUCCACCUCCACCUCAAACUCAACCUCAGCCUCAGCCUCAGCCUCAGCCUCAGCCUCAAGCUCAGCCUCAGCCGCAGCCUCUAGACUCACCAUCACCUAGUCCGCAAGCAACUAUCGGGACCCCCACCCAACAAGCUGCUGAAGACACCAAUGGUACCCCAGCUGGGACUGCGGAGACACCAGUGCCCCUCCCGAGGAAGAUCAACACAGGAAAGAGCAAAGCCCGCCGGGUGAAGACCAUCUAUGACUGCCAGGCUGACAAUGAUGACGAACUGACUUUCGUUGAAGGAGAGGUGAUAAUAGUUACAGGAGAAGAGGACCAAGAGUGGUGGAUCGGACACAUUGAAGGAGAUCCGGAAAGAAAAGGGGUGUUCCCCAUGUCUUUUGUUCACAUCCUGAGUGACUGACAGCCAGAAAGACUUGCACUACACCUCUCCCUAAAUUGGGAGAUCCUGUAAAUAGCCAUCAUAUCACCCCUUGUCACAUGACAAGUAUCCUAAAGAAAAAAAUAAAAAUAACAAUGAAGAAGAAACCCAAGAAGGCUCAUCUAGCCAUGGAUGUCUCAUCCAUGCUGUACAAAGAAUGUGUGUAUUCUUCCUUUACCAGUAUUAUCUUAAUCCUAUAGCACGGCUACGACAAAGCCACUCUCAAAACCCUAGCACUUACUUAAAGUCUAUGUUUAUGCUGUCACUGUGUAUAUAUGUAUGUAAAUAUAUAUAUUUGUGUGUGAGUGUAUAUACAUGUUUUAUUGUACAAAACAUGUACCAUUGCUCUUCUCUACCUGUCAGAUUAAGCAUCAGGGCGGUAGAGUUUGAAUUUUAUCUGUAUUAAUUUUACUGGCCCUUGAGUAAUUAUCAGCUUAUAUUUCUGGAAAAAGGACAAAUGAGAAAUGGAAUGUGAAAUAGGUCAUGUCAUUUGUGUCUUGCAUCCCUGUUUACCACCAUAAUUGACUGAAGAGGCAGGAGUCUCCCACUGAUGUUCCUGAGAUGAAGAGAAUUUCAUUAAAUGUACUCCUUGUUCUUGCUUGCUUUGUGUGUACAUGUAUUAUGGUUGUUUUACAGUAUAGAAACCUGCUGCUACUGUGUGGUGGAAUAUCAAAGCCUGUGGUUCACUGUAGGUCACUAAUUUACUCCUUGUUACACUGUUCACUGUAUGUAUGCUCUGUGUGUGAACUCGAUGCCAUCUCCACAGUCCUUUGACCAUUUCUGUGCAUGGUGUAACAAUGACUGGAGUUGAGUGGAGUGCUGCAUUCAAAGACGCUCACCUCAGGGUUUGAAGAGCCACUAUUAAUCAAGCAGGACUACACAAAAGGGUAUUCCUGUUGUUAAAGCCACUAUUAAUUGCAAGUACAGGAAACUCAAGAGGACAUCUUAGCAAUAACUUGAUUUUCUGACAGGCUUAGGAGUUUCACAUUAACCUGUGUUCACAAUUCAGUGUCUUGUAAAACCCUCACAAGCUUGAAUUUUUUUGUUUUUUUAAAGUUUGAGUCAUGUAAUAUCAUUCCAUGUUACUGGAUUCAGUAGAUUUCCAGGUUUGCCUGUGAGCCAGAGAUGUAUUUUUCAAGUGGACUUUGUAAAAGGCUGGACAGCCAAUGUAUUUUCACCCAGUCCUCACCAACUGGCAGUUCUUCCCAUGUUAAGGAACAAACCCAUCAACCCAUUUUAUCAUUAAAAAGUGCUGUACUUCAA